AUUGAUUUUUCGACGUAUUUUCACUGUACCUUAACUACUGAAAUAGAUUGGAUUCGUUAUUUGGAGAUUUAUUAAAGAAAUUAUGCAAAUAUUUUUUAUUUUAUUCGCAUUGUUACUAAUUUCUUGCACACAAGCUAACCUUAGUGGUCCAUAUUUAUUUUGGGGUCAUGAGAAAGUUAUAAAUCUGCAGCCUCGCGCUUUAAUAGAAGCUAAUGAAAAUGAUUUCGCUGAUUUGUUCCGUGAUGUUAAAGCCAUCGUGGUAUUCGUUCGAAAUAAUACUAAACGUUUAGAUGGCAAACAAUAUCCAAAAUUUCAAGAAUUAGUUAAACAUAACGCCUGGACUUAUCUACCGCAGCGUUCAUUAGCAGUCGAUCCAUUCGAUUACAACGCAAACAUCGAGGUUAUAAAUUUAAGCGGUUCUUACGAAGAAAACGAUUCAGAAAUUAUAUCCGGUUAUGCAGAUGCUUUAGCUAUAUAUGGUAACGGAGAAGUAUUGGGUAUAUUAGCUGGCCGUGAAGAGGAAGCACACUUUUUGUCCAAACGCGAAACUAAAGAAGGUGAAAGCCUAACCGAUGAAUCGCACACAACUACUGUACAACCACUUACUGAUGAAACUGAGGAGACGUUCAUAUAUGUGGCUGAUGGUAGAAAAGCCAUACUUUAUCUCACAUCUGCGCCGGAAUUGAAUAUCUCACGCGAGUCGUUUGUAUUGAAAGAGCACAAUAAAGCCGUGACUUUUGACGAUCAGAAAGCUAAAGGCUAUGGACGUUUGAAUAUUAUUUUCAAAAGUGGUGAUGAAAAAUUAUUUUUACGCUUCAAUUUUACUUUGAAACGCGGAACAUGGUAUAUGAAGGCAGUAGAGGUAGAGCAUCGUGACUAUAAGGAUGUUUUGCGUUUAAAAGGCGGCGAUUAUAAUAUACCCUCUGCACCAGUAGGAUUUUCUUAUAGAUGUUCAUCGCGAAGUCUAGUAUUUACCAAUGGUACCGACAUCUUAGUGUUAAAAGACUAUCAGGUUCAGCCUUGGCUUAAUGGUUUGAAUAAAUUUGGCGAUGUCUACGAUUGUGUAGGCUUUACUACUGCUCCUAUUUGGGCUGGAAUCGUAGUAACUAUUCUGUUAUGUACUAUUUUAACUGUUGGACUUUUGGCUAUAUUGGACAUUAAGACACCGAAUCGUUUCGAAAGUUCGCGUAGUAAACAAUUAACAUUUGCCGUACAAGACUAAUCGCUAAUUGGUUAAUGUUCCAAUUAAUUAUGUACGGAUAUAUGAUACCGCAGAUACUCUUAGUACAGGCAAUAUUAAUAUUAUUGUUCAGUAUUGUCUAUGUAGCUUCAGUUUUGUAUUAUUAUAUUUUAUUAUUUUACGAUGACUAAAACUCUUAUUAAUGCCACUUGUUGUUGUUAUUAUAAUUUAUUUAUAUAGAUUAAAAAAAUAAAUUCUCCGACUAAAGCGAAAACGGGAUAAAA